GACCAUUUAUAUAUACAAGGAAGCAGCCAUUUGCCAUUUCCCUUUGUCUCCAUCGAUCGAUUAAACCACCGCCCAAUCUCACAAAGCCCUCUUCGACCAACACAGAAAGCUCAGAAACCCUUCUGCUGGCAAUAAGUUUGGGAUUGGAAGAAGGGGAGAUUUAUCGCCAUGACGUCUCUGAAGGAGCUGAUUCCGCCGCCAACGGCAUCCACAACGACAUACUACGACCACUCGAGCGAUCCGUGGUUCCGGCAGCGGUUCAGUUCUUCCGAGGCGGAAAGAUCUGCUGCUGUCGUUAAACCUAAUCCUGUGCCUCAGUACUUGAAGCGCCAAGGCUUUGUUCCUAGGAAGGUGGAGGACUUCGGGGAAGGUGGCGCUUUCCCGGAGAUUCACAUAGCUCAGUACCCUCUUGGCAUGGGCCGGGACAAGGUGUCGAAACCUGGGACAAAAAUUCUUCCGGUUUCAGUUGAUGCCAAUGGGGAGAUUGCGUAUGAUGCCAUUGUUAAACAGAAUGAGAACUCGAGAAAGAUUGUGUAUUCUCAACAUAAGGAUAUUGUGCCAAAAAUUUUGAAGGAUGCGGAAGAGGAGAUGGAAGAGGACGAGGAUGAGGAGGAGCAGAAGGUGAUUGAAGAAACGACGGCAGAAACAAAGGCUGCGCUUGAGAAGAUUGUGAAUGUGAGAUUGAGUGCUGCACAGCCGAAAAAUGUGGCCAAGCAGUCGUCAGAAUCGCAAUAUAUCAAGUAUAAACCGUCUCAGAAAUCGGAGGCAUUUAAUUCUGGUGCCAAGGAGAGGAUUAUCAGGAUGAUGGAGAUGCCUGUGGAUCCACUUGAGCCUCCUAAGUUCAAGCAUAAGCGUGUACCAAGGGCUUCUGGAUCCCCACCUGUGCCGGUCAUGCAUUCCCCUCCUCGACCGGUGACUGUGAAAGACCAACAGGAUUGGAAAAUUCCACCUUGCAUUUCAAACUGGAAGAACCCGAAGGGGUAUACAAUUCCAUUGGACAAACGUCUUGCAGCUGAUGGGAGAGGCCUUCAAGAUGUUCAGAUCAAUGAUAAUUUUGCAAAGCUCUCUGAGUCUUUGUAUGUAGCGGAGCAGAAGGCUAGAGAGGCAGUUGCUAUGAGAUCUAAAGUUCAGAAGGAAAUGUUGAUGAAGGAGAAGGAAAAGAAAGAGCAGGAGUUGAGGGCAUUAGCACAGAAAGCUCGUUCCGAGAGAACAGGUGCUGCACCCCCUGCGGCCGUUCCAAUGGCUUCUGAUAGAACAGCCAUGGAUACUGAUAUUAGAGGGGAUUAUGAGCGUCCAACAAGGGAAAAGGAAACUGAGUAUCCAAAGGAGACAAGGGAGGAAAGAGAAGAAAAGAUGCGGCGGGAGAAGAUUCGCGAGGAGCGGCGCAAAGAGAGGGAAAGGGAGAGAAGGUUGGAGGCCAAAGAUGUAGCAAUGGGGAAGAAAAGUAAAAUUACGAGAGAUAGAGAUCGUGAUAUUAGUGAGAAAGUUGCCCUUGGCAUGGCUUCUAGCGGAGCAGGCAAAGGGGGAGAGGUUAUGUAUGAUCAGAGGCUAUUCAACCAGGAGAAAGGAAUGGACUCAGGGUUUGCCACUGAUGACCAGUACAAUGUUUAUGACAAGGGCUUGUUUACUGCUCAGCCGACACUCUCAACUCUAUACAGGCCUAAGAAGGAUGUUGAUGGUGAAAUGUAUGGUGGCGCUGAUGAGCAGUUGGAUAAGAUUAUGAAGACUGAUCGCUUCAAACCCGACAGAGGAUUUGGAGGAGCUGCUGAGAGGGCAGGGCCAAGAGAUAGACCGGUCGAGUUUGAGAAGGAUGCUGUUGAAGAAGCCGAUCCAUUUGGUCUUGACCAGUUCUUGACAGAGGUGAAGAAGGGCGGCAAGAAAGCCCUCGAUAAGGUUGGAACAGGAGGGACAAUGAGAGCAAGUGCCGGGUCUUCCAUGAGAGAUGGCUAUGAAGGCGGCUCCAGCAGAUCUCGUAUUGGCUUCGAAAGAGGGUCGCUAAGCUGUUCUAAACUGCAAUUUUCAAAGUUGAUUUGUAUUAACUCUUUGAAGUUACAUAUCUAUUUCGGUUUUGUGGAUUGCCUAUGAUUUUGGCACUUCAGUUCUCGACAGAAUUUGACUGCCUAAGACUGUGACAAUAAACGUCGUACUUGUAUUUGUGAGAUGUCGUUGUAUCAUCCCUACUUAUGUUUC